UUCAAGACGUUCACCUGAUACUCCUGGCAUACCGGAUUUCACCUGUCAUCUCGUGGGUUCGUUGAUCUUGGUGAUUGAGGCAAAAAGAAAGCAUGUUUUAGAAGAUAUGGACAAAAAAACAUUUCCCGAGUUUUAUCAGACGAGUAAAGGCAAGGAUGUAGUUCAACAAAUCUAUAAUUAUAUAAGAGGAAACGAACUUAGAUACGAGAAUCCCAACUCUCCUAAACCUCAAGUACUAGUGCCGGCUCAAGGGGAUAAUAAUUCACAUACUCUUCGAUCAAACUCAAAAUCAUCAUCCAGCUCUUCAUUAACUAAUCAGGCUUCCAGCACCUUUUCGAAUCAACAAUCAUCUUCUAACGUUCCAGUAAACCAGCAAAAGUUUAGCUUUGCAGACUUCAAAUUUAAGAGCAUACUAGGUGAAGGUCGAAGUGGAAAAAUGCUCCUAUGCGAAUUUCGUGGCGAAAUGAUUGCUUUGAAGAGUGUAGACUUAUCGAAGGCUCCAUCGUAUGUCCUGGAAGAAAUGCAAAAAGAAGUCGAGAUUUAUAAAGAUCUAGCUGAUAUUCAAGGUAAGUAUAUCCCAAAGCUGAUCUGUUAUGGAUAUUAUGGAGGAGUUAUGAGCUUCGUUAUCGGCAUGACCAUUGUCGGCACUUCGUUGAGCGAGCAAAAAAUAAAGAAACGGCAAAAGACAAGGGCUAUUAAGGGAUUAGAAGCGAUCCACAAGCAUGGUAUCCUCCACAAUGAUAUUCGGGAGGAAAAUAUCUUAAUUAACGAUAAAGGUGCCCUAUACCUGAUUGACUUCGGAAUGGCAAGCCGGGAGGACACAAAAAAGAAGAGAAAGCUUUUUGACGAGGAACAGCUCAAAUUAUCUCAAUUGCUAGAUGGAUAUAUUGUACAUUUCGUAAAGAAGGAGGGGCGAAUUAACCAAGUCACGUAAAUGUCAGGUGGUUAGUAAGACUGUAGGGAUAUACAUUAGACAUUUAGUAUAGAAGCGUUAUGUAUCA